AUGAUGUUGCAUGUUCUUUAUGCUUUAUCUACCACUAACUUAUCUACCACAAUACUUCAUGUUUAUUUCAUUCUUUCUUUCUCCCUUUCUUUGAUUACCUAUCUUUUCUUUCUUUCUUUCUUUCUUUCUUUCUUUUUUCUUUUUUUCUUUCUUUCUUUCUUUCUUUCUUUCUUUCUUUUUUCUUUCUUUACAUAUCCUUUCUUUAUUAAGUUUCUUUCUUUCUCUCUUCAUUUUUAUCUUAUUCUUUUGACUGUUAAUUUUACUUCGUGUCACUCUUACUAUACACUCACCGUUGUAUUUAUUAUACACUCUCCCUUUCAUUUACUAUACACUCUCCCUUUCAUUUACUAUACACUCUCCAUUAUAUUUACUAUACACUCUCUCUUAUAUUUACUCUACACUCCUCGUUAUACUUACUAUACACUCUCCCUUACAUUUACUAUACACCCUUGCUUAUACUUACUCUACACUCUCCCUUAUAUUUACUCUAAACUCUCCGUUAUAUUUACUAUACACGCUCCCUUAUAUUUAUUAUACACUCUCCCCUACAUUUACUAUACACCCCCCCUUAUAAUUAUAUACACUCUCCCUUAUAUUUACUCUACACUCUCCGUUAUAUUUACUAUACACUCUCCCUUACAUUUACUAUACACUCUCCCUUAUAUUUACUAUACACUCUCCGUUGUAUUUAUUAUACACUCUCCCUUUCAUUUACUAUACACUCUCCCUUAUUUUUACUAUACACUCUCUCUUACAUUUUCUCUACACUCCUCGUUAUAUUUACUAUACACUCUCCCUUACAUUUACUAUACACCCUCGCUUAUAUUUACUCUACACUCUCCCUUAUAUUUACUCUACACACUCCCUUACAUUUACUAUACACCCUCGCUUAUAUUUACUCUACACUCUCCCUUAUAUUUACUCUACACACUCCCUUACAUUUACUAUACACCCUCGCUUAUAUUUACUCUACACUCUCCCUUAUAUUUACUCUACACACUCCCUUAUAUUUACUAUACACGCUCCCUUAUAUUUACUCUACACUCUCCCUUAUAUUUACUCUACACUCUCCCUUAUAUUUUUUUAUACAUUUACGAUAUGCUUACUUUUCUCUCCUACCCUCUUCAACCUCCUUUUCUUUCUUCUUCUUUCUCAUAUCAGGGAUAG